CCACUCUCCAAACCCGAAUCGCACCUUCCUCUCCGCCCACUACCAACCCUUUCAACACCCCCAUCCCCUCCCAUCCCAUCCUAUCCCAUCCCUUCCUCUUCAACAUCGCAUCUCGUCCGCCCACGAUUUCGACUUUCGAUUUCUACCGACCGGCCAGCCACCCGAACCUCGUCAAAUAUAUCUCUAUUUGUGAGCGCCUUGCGAUCGCUUCGCUGAGGAAGAAGGAUUCGCCAAUGAUCGACGCUUGAAGAACUCGACCGACCGGAAGUCAAGAGACUCUGGGCCAGGACCUCGAACGCCAGCACCCCCAGCCACGACACACGAACGAACGAACGACCAAGAGAGAGGGAACACGGCGGCACCUGGACUCGGUGGACAACGCAACAACAAGAUUCCAACCAAAAUUUCCGGCUCACUCAAUACUUACCUGUCUCGAGUGGCGACCAAACACCCCACACGAACGACGUUACGAAUCUAACCAUCUUGCUGACGAUCACAUACGUUGACGCCGACACUGACGACGACGACGACGACAAUCUAACUACGCGAUCUCUACCGGGAGAGUUCCGUCGAAGACUCUCCAACCGUCUCUUUCUCCUUCGACAACCACUUCAUCCACAUCUCACCACCCACGACGCUCGUUCACGACGCCCACGACCCCGACAAAAUGGAUGGUCGCGGCUACCCGCCGGGCCAAGGCCCUCCUAACGGCGACGGCGAGUACGGCGAAGAAUGGGCUCGCGAUCUGAGGGUAAAGUUUGAGUCUCUGCUACGAGACAAGCGCAUGACGGACUUGCGAGCGUCCUCCCGCCAAAACAGCCCCCAACCUAGGGAAACUGCGAGCAGCUCCAACCUCCGCGGCCUCGCAUCACCCGGCCCCGGCCGCCCCUCAACCUCACACAGCUCAACGUCCAUGCCGCCAACACCACCCGCCUACUCCCGCCACCUUCCCAAGAUUCCCACCCCUCCCGCCGCCAACGACCGCGACUCACAAAAGUUCCGCAACCUCAUGAUCAGCCUGUCUCUCACCCCGACCAAGUACGAGAACCCUGGUCUACUGGACGAGGCUCUGCAAUGCAUACCCCUAGACAGGAUCUACGGCGAGGCCGAGGAGGAAUGUCAAGUCAUGCAGGCCGAGGCCGAGAGCAUGGGAGAUGGACGGAAAGCCACUUGGGGCUAUCAAGAUUGUGUCAUCCGGGCAUUAUUGAGAUGGUUCAAGCGAUCAUUCUUCACCUGGGUCAACAACCCCCCGUGCCCCGUCUGCCUCUCGCCUACAAUAGCCCAGGGCAUGACCCCACCGACUCCCGAUGAAAGUGCUUGCGGCGCACUUCGAGUCGAGCUCUACCGCUGCUCGGCUGGCGACUGCGGCGCUUACGAACGAUUCCCGAGGUACGGCGAUGUGUGGCGACUACUGCACACCCGUCGAGGACGUGUUGGCGAGUGGGCCAAUUGCUUCAGCAUGCUUUGCCGUGCUGUCGGAGGCAGGGUUCGCUGGAUCUGGAAUGCUGAGGACCACGUCUGGACCGAGGUCUACUCGGAACACCAGAAGCGCUGGGUCCACGUUGACGCCUGCGAAGAGGCGUGGGACAACCCUCGUCUCUACACCGAGGGUUGGGGCAAGAAGAUGUCGUACUGCAUCGCCUUCUCCAUCGACGGAGCCACCGAUGUCACGAGGCGGUAUGUCCGCAAGAGCGACUUCACCGCCGAGCGCAACAGGUGUCCAGAGGAGGUGCUGCUGUACAUCUUGAAUGAGAUUAGAGGCAUCAGGCGCAGCAACAUGAACAAGGACGAAAAGUUCCGGCUCGAGAAGGAGGAUAGCCGCGAGGACCGCGAGCUCCGUGGAUACGUCAUCAAUUCGAUUGCCCAAGCCGUCACCGACCUCGUCCCUGGCAUGCCCAGUCCGUCCGGCAGCACGCCUCCCGCGCAAGCUCCGCCUAGGCGACGGGACGAUACCAAGUUGCCUGCUGAGCAACCGGGUCGUCAGACGGGGUCGGCCGAGUAUCUCGCCGCUCAAGCCAACGCGAGGCAUCACCAGUUCCCUCCGCACGACCCGAGCCGUCGUCGCGACCUGCCUUGAGGUGAGAGCGAUGUUAUUGCAAUCACUCUUCAGAACCGACCCGGCGGCCGAUGCCCCCUUUCCCUCCCGUCGACUUAGGGCCAUUUCUUCCAUGGCCUGGCAGAAUAUCCACUACUUUUUUCAAGAUACCCAGUGGAUGUCAGGACCACUAACCUCCGGCCCCGAGGUCGCCGCCGUCCACUCGCCAAAGUGCCAACGGCCUUUUGCACGACUGUGCAGUAACCCAACCGAGGCAAUGAUAAUAUUUUCUAUGUCUAAUCUACCAACACUCGAUACAUCGAACAAAAAAAACCAAGCAUCAUAGACCGGCGCUCCUCCCGUCCCCUACCAAUCCACCCAAUCAUCCUUCCGCCGAACCUACAAUGUCACCUUCAACCUCUUGAUACCCCUUGGGUCACUUGGGUUCGGAGUACGAACUGUAUCUACCACCACGUCAUUUAUUAUCUCUUCCAUUUCAUUUGUUC